AUGAUGUAUUACAUUAAUUUGAUCGCCGAGACUGAGAAGCGAGAGAAGGAACAACAACAGCAACGCUCUAAGGAUGGUCAUAGGGCUGUCAAGCCUCCUCAAGACCGUCGUAGGCCUCGCCCUGAUACUGCUCCUGGGGCCGAUGACCGGUUGGGCAGCUCGAGAAAGGGUCGGAAUAAGCACGGUAAGGAGAAGAAAAAGAAGAAGACUUCGUUCUCAUCGGACAAGAAGUCUGAGAAAGCUAAGCGGAAGCGUCCCCGGCAGCCCGAGGCGUCUUCAGCUCCAUCGAGUUCAUCGGGGCUUAGCUGUGGUGGUAAUGGUCUCAUUGAUGACGAAGAGUUGCUCAUUGAGAGAAGGUCAACUCGGAAUAAGUUCGCAAUCGACGAUUCACUCAGUUUAGAGGAAGAACUCCAUCCGAAGAUCCUCACCGUUUCCUCUGGAAAGCUCCGAGAUGACCAUCUGACAUCGAAGCGGACCAAGCCGGAGAAAUCCAAGUCGGGUAGACCUCGGGGACGAUCUCGGAAGUCUCCCACUGAGAGUAGCACGGACGGUGACCCUGGUGAACGGAGACGUCGACGUUUCCGAGAUGAAUUCACUUCGAGUACCGAUGCUGAUGACGAUAUCGACUCCAAUCUGAACGGGGCUUUGCCGGACUGGGCCCUCGAGGGCGCAGUGCGUCGAAGUUCGCGGAUACCAGAAGCCCGAGAGGGUUCUGUAGUAUCUGACAAGAGCGCAGGGGUCGAGACCUCGACAAGGAGGAAGCGUGGUCGGCCUAAGAAAAACUCUGCCAAGACUCCUUCUAAGAAGGCUCAAGGUCGAAGGGGCGCAAAUUCGGGCGACCGAUGGCCGUUGGACCACGAGGGGUCCUGGUUGACGUAUCUGCCGAAAUUUGUGGAGAAUCCUGCUGAUGCAUUAAAAGAAUUGAUAAACGAAGUUCUGUGGGAGCAAGGGAAAGUUAAGAUAUUCGGGAAAGAGCAUUUGGAACGGAGGCUGACUGCCUUCUAUGCUGAUGAUGGACAACAGUAUAGAUACUCUGGAGGGCCCCUGAGGGUACCUUCACCGUGGAGGCGGGGUCCGAUCGUUAUAGACCGCUUAAGGAAGGCAGUGGGUGAGGCAUGUGGACAAGAGUUCAACUGUUGUGUACUUAACUACUACCGGGACGGGUCUGAUAGUAUUGGAUUGCACUCGGACGAUGAGAAAGUCCUUGGAGUGAACCCAUCAAUUGCGUGCGUGUCCCUUGGGGCCGAGCGAGACUUUGUCCUGGACGCCAAGAGGGAUAAGAAGAAGGUGGAGCUAACGCCGCGCAGUGGGUCGCUGUUGGUGAUGGGAGGCAGCACACAAAAGCUGUGGAAGCACAGUGUGCCGUCUCGAAAGAGGGAACACCGUCCGAGGGUCAGUCUCACAUUCCGCUAUGCAUUCUGGAAGAGCAAUUAG